AUGGAAAAACAAAGAUUCUCACUGCUGCUGCUUGAACCGAACGAGAUAUACUUCGAGGACUUUUCGGUGGACAUUGUGAGGGAAGAUUUACCACCGAACCUGGAUGUAGAAUUCCAAAUGAGUGGGCGAUUGAAGAUGUGUUCCAAAUCGCUGGUAUUUGAGGCGAAGGGAAGCAACAGUAUUCCGUUGAUAAAAAUCAUGUACAAGGACUGCAUAACGAUCGAUCGGCAGGAAGACGGCGGUGCCUCAAAUGCCGACUGUCAGCGACUUUCGAUACGGUGUAGACAGCACAUAGAAAUGCUGAACCAGAACCAGAUUCAGCCGUACCGUUUUAUACAGAGGGAAUGUACGUUUCUUUUCCAUUUUCACUACGCUAAACUCGAUGAAUGUCUGCAGCAAAUUUGUCAGUUAUACCGUGCCUCAACGUUACCGUCUUACGAACAAAAUAGUAUGAUAGCAACGAUAGUAUAUUCGAGGCAUAGUCGUGUUAAGUUCAAUCCCUUAUGGUUGAACAAUCUAUACGAGCGAACGAUAUCUGAUUUCCAGGUUGAAGAAAUAAAUCCUCUCAUCGUCAACCCCGGACGGUUGCUUAUCACAAAUAAGUUCAUAUACUUUCAGUACUACAAUAACAUCCACACGAAUCCGGUCCUGAAGGUUUGUAUAACAUGUAUCACCAGUUUUUCCAAACAUCGGUAUCUAUUGCGUCAGAUUGGAUUGAAAAUUCGUUGGAACGAAAAGCAAUCAACCGAAGGGACAGAUCAGUGCCUUUACUUAGUGUUUCGCAAUCAAACUGAUCGUGAUGAUUGCUGGAGAAGUAUUAGCGGACAGCCGGACUACGCUGCCACUGAACAAACCCCAGAGAGCAUGACAUUAAAAUGGCAAAACGGUCUUGUUUCGAAUUACGACUAUCUGCUUUACCUGAACAGUCUCGCCGACCGGUCAUUCCAGGAUUUGACGCAGUAUCCAAUUUUCCCAUGGAUAUUAACCGAUUACAGCUCGAGCGAGUUGAAUCUCAACGAUUCAACCGUGUACCGUGAUCUCGGCAAGCCAGUUGGUGCAUUGAAUCCAGACCGCUUAGAGCGGCUCCGCAUGCGCUUCGAGGAGAUGCCUGAACCGAAGUUUCUGUAUGGUUCACACUAUUCCACACCUGGGUUCGUGCUGUACUAUCUCGUGCGCAAACAUCCAGAGCUGAUGCUUUGCCUGCAGAACGGCAAGUUCGAUCAUCCGGAUCGAAUGUUUAAUAGUGUCGCGGAUGCAUUCAACAACUGUCUGAACAACAUGUCAGAUUUUAAAGAGUUGAUUCCGGAGUUUUACGAUACAAAUCAAAAGGGAGACUUUCUGCUGAACAGUAUGAAGAUAGAUUUUGGUGCCCGGUUUGAUGGUUCGCCCGUGAGUAACGUUGCACUGCCACCGUGGGCGCUCAACUCAUCGGAACGGUUUGUGUGCCUGCUGCGGGAAGCACUCGAAUCAGAUUACGUCUCCGCCAGACUGCACCAGUGGAUUGAUCUAAUCUUCGGCUAUAAGCAGCAGGGAAAGGCUGCCCUCGAUGCGGACAAUGUGUUUUAUCAUCUGUGCUACGAGGGUUCGGUAGACCUUGGGCAAAUCAACGAUCUGGCCGCCCGUCAUGCGAUUGAAGUGCAAAUAUCAGAAUUCGGACAAAUCCCCAAGCAACUCUUUCGUACCGCACAUGUGUCAAAGCUGCUAGCAAUCCGGCCAGCGAUUGGAACGAGUACCCAAAUGGUCAUUCAGAAGGCUGCGGAGUACUUCUCUCACAAGGACGUUAUCACGGCCAUUGCCGUGGACAGGACGGUCGGGAAUAUAUUCACCACCAGCAAGGACGGUACGAUGACGUGCUACAGCCUAAGCGAGAAACGAAAAAUACGGAGCGUACAGUUGAGUGGAUUGCCAAUUAGUUCGGUGCAGAUUGCGAACGACCGUUCGAUCAUAUUGGGUAGUUGGGACGAUACGAUUUUAGUGUAUAAUUUUGACUUCGGUAAGAUUUCAAACACCAUACAAGCACACGACGACGCUGUUUCAUGCAUUUCCUACGUACCGUUUUAUGGAUUGCUAGUGUCCGGUAGCUGGGACUGCAGCUUGAAGAUUUGGAACAAGUAUCACAACGAUUCGGUGAUUGGAUAUCAUGUGCUGGAGGAGAAGCUCGUUUCCAUCGAUACGUACGCCGGCGAACGUAUGAAAAUUCACGUCGCUGUCGGUUUGCAAAAUGGUGAGCUGCUGCUGUACGAGCUCGAUGCGCUCACCAUUAACAAGCCAACGAUCUACACCCGGGACAAUCACAAGCUGUUGCAAAAACACCGUAAUGCCGUAUGCGAGGUGAAGUUUAAUGACAAAGGAACGCUGAUUGCGUCGUGCGGGGAAGAUAGGAAUAUAUACGUGACGGACGCGGACAGUACCAUGACGAUUUGUCGGAAGGAGCUGAAUGAGAUAGUACGAUGCCUCUGCUGGACACCGGACGGCAAAUACUUGCUGAUGGGCGAUCGUACCGGGCAGCUGCAUGUUUGGAACAUGCUGCAGGGAAUGGUAGAGUGUGAAGUGAACUUGCAUAGCGCAUGCGUGUACCGUAUCGAAUGCAUCGAUGAUAAGCGGAUAGUAAGCUGUGGAAAGGAUGACAAUAAUUAUUGUAUCAAGUUGUGGGAUAUUGCCACGUAA